AAAUAGAGUUUUAGAGAGGGAUAUUGAGAAGAAGUAGAGAGAUAAAGCUAUUAGAUUAUUCCCCCAAAGCAAUAGUCAAUGCUUACUUGUUUUUCAUAGAGAAUUCAAGGGCUUUCCUCACUUGAAAUCUUGAAAACCCCAUAACUUCUUCUUCUUCUUCUUACAAAUAGAAGAAAAUAAACCAAAAAAGUAAACAAGUUACUGCCCUUAUAGUAGUACAAAAAGAAAAACAGAAAGAACGAAAGAAAAAAAGUAAAAGUAUAUAGAUAGGAAAAUUAAGAAAACCACAGUGGUAGAAGUUUUUAUACAUAUAAAAGAAGAUUGUUCUUUUCAGUUCAUUCCUGGCAGCUUGUCCAAUCUGACCCAGAUCAUGCAAGGUCGCGGAAUUGGUUCUUCUGUUAGGGUUGAAUCUGAAGACAUGUUAGAAGACCAGUCCAGUUUGGUUUCAAGGGAUUGUCGGGCAGAAAGUAACGUGGUGGUUUGCAUGAAUUAUUGUCUUGAUGGAAUUGAAGUGCAGCAUGGCAAAAGGCCAUUGGAAAAUGAACAGGAGAAUGAAAACGUGAAAUGCAAGUUUCAAAAGCAGUCUGAUGGUUUUAACCGAAUGGGAAUUGUCUUAUCCGUGGGCGAUUCUUCAGAAUCGCAAGCUGAAAAUAAAUGUCAUUCUGGAGCUAAUUCUUAUUCGAGCUUGCUUAUUCAUUCCAUUGGCCCUGACAAUUCCAUCAAUUGUCUUAUCCGUUGUUCUAGGUCAGAUUAUGGCGUCAUCGCAUCUUUGAAUAGUAGCUUUCGCUCUUUAAUUAAGAGCGGAGAACUUUAUAGAUUGCGGUACCAAAAUGGGGUAGUUGAGCAUUGGGUUUAUUUCUCUUGCCAGCUACUCGAAUGGGAAGCUUUUGACCCUAUUCGCCGCCGGUGGAUGCAUCUGCCGACUAUGAAUUCCAAUGAAUGCUUUAAGUUCGCUGACAAGGAAUCUUUGGCGGUUGGUACGGAGUUGCUUGUUUUUGGAAAGGAGAUUUUGGCACAUGUCAUUUAUCGGUACAGCUUAUUGACAAACACAUGGUCAUCCGGGAUGCAGAUGAAUGUGCCAAGAUGUUUGUUCGCUUCUGCCAGCCUGGCGGAGAUUGCCAUUCUAGCUGGCGGUUGUGACUCACAAGGUAACAUCUUAAACUCAGCCGAACUUUACAAUUCGGAGUCAGGGACGUGGAAGACUUUGCCAAGCAUGAACAAGCCACGUAAGAUGUGUUCCGGAAUUUUCAUGGACGGAAAGUUUUAUGCGAUAGGAGGAAUUGGAGGAGCCGAAUCAAAGCUGUUGACAUGCGGAGAGGAGUAUGAUCUAGAAAAAGAAAUAUGGACAGAAAUCCCAAACAUGUCUCCCGUGCGAGCUAGGAAUGAUAUGUCUUCUACAUCCGAAGCGCCACCUUUGGUGGCUGUUGUAAAAAAUGAAUUGUAUGCUGCUGAUUAUGCUGACAUGGAGGUUAGGAAGUACGACAAGAAGAAUAAAGCAUGGGUUACCAUAGGUCGACUGCCUGAAAGAGCAGCUUCCAUGAACGGCUGGGGAUUGGCUUUUCGGGCAUGUGGUGAGAGGCUGAUUGUAAUUGGAGGCCUAAGGGCUAUGGGUGAAGGUUAUAUUGAAGUGAAUUCGUGGGUACCGAGCGAAGGGCCUCUGCAAUGGAACUUACUUGGGAGUAAGCAAUCGGGCAGUUUUGUGUAUAACUGUGCUGUCAUGGGAUGCUGAAGAUAUGAAAUGCAGCAGCCCCAUGUGUUGUACUGUGGCGGUGUUGGGUACACAUCUGGUUUCUGGUGCAACACACGUUUUGCUAAUGGGUAAUUUAUUCCAACUUUUUUUUUUAAAAAUCCUUUUUUACUGUGGCGGUGUUGGGUGCUUUUUUUUUUUUUUUUUUUUUUUUUUUGAUGGUUAAAAAAUAGUAAAGAUACCAUAGCUCUAGUUCAAAUCCCCUAGAAAAUACUUGUUUUGAAAAACGAGUUGGCCCCCUCUCACCCUACCUUUGCUGUAAUAAUUUAAACAUGAGUAAUAUCCCUUUCUACUUGCAACUCUUCUACUUUAUUA